UUUCAGACAACCAUGAAGGCCCUGAUAAUUCUAGCUGUGAUUGCUCUAUCUAGCGGACAUAGAAUUCACUACCGGAACAACUGCUACAAAGAAGUCUGGGUAGGAAUUCUAGGCAGCACCAUUCCAGAUCAAGGGGGAUUUAAGCUUUCCCAUGGACAAAGUCACAGUGUUUAUCUCCCACCUCACUGGUCCGGAAGGAUGUGGGGACGAACAGGAUGUGGCGGAUCUCACUGUGAGACUGGAGAUUGUGGUGGAGGACGACUUCAUUGUAGUGGAGCUGGUGGAAUCCCUCCUGUUACUCUCGCCGAAAUCACGUUUGACGGUGCCGGAAACCAAGACUUUUACGACAUCAGUUUGGUUGACGGUUUCAAUAUUCCUUUGAGCAUGCGCCCAAAAGCUGGAACUACAGAGGGGGGAUCAGGAUCAUAUUAUUGCCGUUCUGCUGGUUGCUAUUCGGAUGUUAAUGCUGUUUGUCCCAGCGGUAUGAGGAUUUACGGUACUGGCGGAGUUGUGGCCUGCAAGAGCGCCUGUCUCGCAUUCGGAAGACCAGAGUACUGCUGCAGCGGCGCUCACAACACGCCGCAAACGUGUCCAAAUUUCCAUUAUGCUGAAAUCUUUAAGAGAGCCUGUCCUCAAGCCUACAGCUACGCCUAUGAUGACAAUAAGAGCACAUUCACCUGUAGGGGCGCCGGAGGAAGACAGUCCGAAUACGACGUGGUAUUCUGCGGUUAA